AUGUCAGCUGCGAAUGACACCACAUUCAACUCUGCAGUGUUCCUUCUCACUGGGAUACCUGGGCAGGAAGACAUCCAUAUCUGGAUUUCUAUCCUCUUCAGCUUAAUGUACAUUAUUUCGAUAGUAGGAAAUUCAGUCAUUCUAUUCAUUAUAAAAACAGAUCCAAGCCUCCAUGAGCCCAUGUACAUUUUCCUUUCCAUGUUGGCUGUCACAGACCUUGGCUUAUCGAUAUCCACCAUACCGACAAUCCUGGGCAUAUACUUUUUUAACUCUAGGGAGAUAAGCCUUAAUGCCUGUUUUGCCCAGCUGUUCUUCCUCCACUUUCUUGCAAAAAUUGAAUCUUCCGUGCUCUUGUUGAUGGCCUUUGACCGCUUCGUUGCAAUCUGUAACCCGCUGAGAUAUGCUUCCAUCUUAACCCUGCCGAGAAUAGCCAAGAUGGAGUUGGUGUUUGUGGUAAGAGGGAUGGCGGUAGCAUUACCAUUCCCCUUUCUCCUGAAACGGUUCCAAUAUUGUCGAGCCAAUGUCCUCUCCCAUUCCUUCUGCCUGCACCAGGAUGUCAUGACGUUGGCUUGUUCAGAUAUUACAAUCAACACCAUCUAUGGCUUGUUUACUACACUCUUCACAUUUGUAUUGGACUCACUGCUCAUCUUCCUCUCUUACAUGAUGAUCCUCAAAACAAUGCUGAGCAUCAUGUCCCACAUGGAGUGCCUCAAGGCCCUGAACACCUGCGUCUCCCACCUCUGUGCCGUCCUGCUCUUCUAUACACCAAACAUCAGCCUGGCUGUGAUACACAGAUUCUGGAAUAGCUCUUCUCACUUACUUAAGAUGCUCCUGGCAUACAUCUACCUGCUGGUCCCACCCCUGAUAAACCCAAUUGUGUAUAGCAUGAAAAGCAGAUAUCUUCGUGUGAGGAUAAUCAGGGCCUUUGCAAAAUGA